CUUUAGCCAGACAGGAUGAAAUUCACAUUAACAAGACAAGACUCAAGGGGAACAAAGCAUGAAUGUACUCAUGACACCGAUAACCCCUAUCUCUGCCCGAAGUUUUUACAUACCAAUUCUACUAGUCACACUUGGCCAUUCAGUGCAGUUGCUGAAUUAAUAGAUAAUGCAUACGAUCCUGAUGUGAAUGCUAAACAGAUAUGGAUUGACAAAACAGUGAUAAAUAAGCACAUAUGCUUGACAUUCACUGAUAAUGGGAAUGGUAUGACUUCAGAUAAAUUACAUAAAAUGCUAAGCUUUGGCUUCAGUGACAAAGUCACCGUGAAUGGUCAUGUCCCAGUUGGAUUGUAUGGGAAUGGUUUCAAGUCAGGUUCUAUGCGUUUGGGUAAAGAUGCAAUUGUUUUUACCAAAAAUGGAGAAACCAUGAGUGUGGGCCUCUUGUCUCAGACCUACUUGGAAGCCAUACAAGCAGAACAUGUUGUUGUUCCAAUAGUGGCCUUCAACCAACACCGACAGAUGAUUAAUUUAGCGGAAUCAGAGGCAAGCCUGGCUGCAAUUCUGAAGCAUUCUCUGUUUCCCACGGAGCAGAGUUUACUAGCAGAACUGGAUGCUAUCAUAGGGAAGAAGGGGACGAGGAUCAUCAUUUGGAACCUUAGGAGCUAUAAAAGUGCAACUGAGUUUGAUUUUGAGAAGGAUAAAUAUGACAUCAGAAUUCCAGAAGAUUUAGAUGAGAUAACAGGGAAGAAAGGGUACAAGAAGCAAGAGAGGAUGGACCAAAUUGCCCCAGAAAGCGACUAUUCCCUGAGGGCUUACUGCAGUAUAUUAUAUCUAAAGCCAAGAAUGCAGAUCAUCUUACGUGGACAGAAAGUGAAGACACAACUAGUUUCGAAGAGUCUUGCUUACAUUGAACAUGAUGUUUAUCGACCAAAAUUUUUAACGAAAACAGUGAAAAUUACUUUUGGAUUCAACUGCAAAAAUAAAGAACAUUAUGGGAUAAUGAUGUAUCAUAAAAACAGACUCAUCAAAGCUUAUGAAAAAGUUGGAUAUCAGUUAAAGGCAAACAACAUGGGUGUUGGAGUAGUGGGAAUUAUAGAAUGUAAUUUCCUAAAGCCAACUCAUAAUAAGCAAGAUUUCGACUAUACUAAUGAGUACAGGCUUACAAUACUAGCACUGGGAGAUAAACUGAAUGAUUAUUGGAAUGAAAUGAAAGUGAAGAAAAAUGCAGAAUAUCCUCUAAAUUUGCCUGUUGAAGAUAUACAGAAACGUCCUGAUCAGACAUGGGUUCAAUGUGAUUCCUGUCUAAAGUGGCGAAAGUUACCAGAUGGGAUAGAUCACCUCCCAGAAAAAUGGUAUUGCUCCAAUAACCCUGACCCACAGUUCAGAAACUGUGAUGUUCCAGAAGAACCUGAAGAUGAGGAUUUGGUGCAUCCGACUUAUGAAAAAACCUACAAAAAGAGAGACAAGGACAAAUACAGGAUCAGACAACUGGAAAGGCUCCCUCAGAUUAAUACUGAACUGUUGUUUUCAACAAUCCCUUUGCAAAGUAUUUCUCCCGUGAAGGACACUGUUCCAAGAGGACAUCUUUCAGAAGCAGCGAAUACUUACGCAGCACGACUUGUAAACAACAGGGGUUCACCCCAGUCCGAGCCUGAGAGCAACAGCAUGAAACGGAGACUUCCUAUUCGUUCCUCAAUUUUGAAUGCAAAGACUCCGAGAUUGAGUAAUCAAGCAUUUGAAAAUCCAGCUUCUAGAGAGGAUGAUGAAGAUGUCAUCAUCUUAGAAGAGAACAGUACUCCCAAGCCUGCAAUAGAUCAUCAGAAUGUUGAAAUGAAACCAGAACAGAGUCACAUCGAGCAAAGUAUGGGUGACAUGCUUCAGGACGAGCCUAUGGGUGACAGUGAACCUUGUGACCAGACUAGUUCAACAGGCACCUUGCCAUCCAGGUGUGAUCAGGCAACUGCUGUGGCCACCCAGACUGAAGUCCCAGGUGUGGUGGUUAAAAAGGAAGAAACGAUUGAAGAUGACAUCAAUACAAGAAAUGAUACAGCUGCACUGCCAUCCUGUGUGGAAGCUGAAGGGAAGCCACAGGAAAUGCAGGAGACCUUUGAUAAAGCUGUGGGUGAUGCUGGGUGCCGGGUAAAUGAACUGAGAAAUGAGCUGCUUCUAGUUACUCAAGAAAAAGAAGAUUAUAAAAGACAAUGUCAUAUGUUUACUGACCAAAUCAGGCAGUUACAACAGAGGAUACUGGAAAUGAAUGACAAAUACGUGAAGAAGGAAACCUGCCAUCAAUCUACCGAAACCGAUGCUGUGUAUUUACUUGAAAGCAUUAAUGGCAAAUCUGAAAGUCUAGACCACGUGGCAUCUCAGUACCGGCAAGCUCUGGACGAAAUAGAAAGGCUGAAGAAACAGUGCAGUGCUUCGCAGCAUGUGAAGCACGAAUGCAGUCAGUGUUCCAAUAGUGAGAGUAAAAGUGAGAUGGACGAAAUGGUCAUGCAGCUGGAUGAUGUGUUUAGACAGCUGGACAAAUGCACUGUCGAGAGGGACCAGUAUAAAAGUGAGGUUGAAUUACUGCAAAUAGAGAAAUCACAAAUUCGUUCACAGUGUGAAGAACUGAAAACUGAAAUUGAACAAUUAAAAUCUGCAAGUCAACAAAGAGGAACAGAUGUUUCAACUUCAAGUAACAUUGAGGAGUCUGUAAAUUAUGCUGAUGGGGAAAGCUUCAAACUGCGAUCUCUCCGAGUUAAUGUGGGACAACUGCUGGCCAUGAUUGUACCUGACCUCGAUCUUCAGCAAGUGAAUUAUGAUGUUGAUGUCGUUGAUGAGAUUUUAGGACAAGUUGUCGAACAAAUGAGUGAAAUCAGUAGUUCUUAAAGUCUAUAUUAUUCGAUAUAAUAAAACUAUUUGCUCAGU